CGAAUGUUUACUUUGGGACGUAAAACAAUGUUCAGGAUAUAUCACGUGCACGUGAUUCAAUAAUACACUAGAUUUCUCAGUCCCUGUACCUUACUUCAACGAAUCAACGUUAGAAGUAGUUAUAGGUAAUCUUUUUAAGUGAUAAUUUAGGUCUCUAUGUGCUUACUAGAUACUACUACUAGUAAUAGUAUUUUAUGGCCAUACAAUAUUGGCAUCCAUGUCACGUGACUCCAAGCGGGCCCUGUGGUUUCUAUAGAUAGCGAUGACGAACUGGGGAAUAACGAAGGUUUCGGUAAACGGUUACGCCGCUUGUUGUGUGACACAAAAGGACACACAGAACUUGUUGCGUCGCACACAGGGGCGGCAAGUCGUCUGACAAGCUCAGUGACGUACAAACGCAGUCAGAAGUCAAACCGUAUCGCUAGGUUAGUCCUAAAAUGGCGGUUGUGACGUGUACAAACUUCACCCUGCCGCUGGCUGUGAUGUUCGUUUUUGGUCUCCUUGCCGUAAUCUUCAAGACAGUCAAGCAGUUCACGUGGAUGGUAUGGGAUGCCCUGACGGGGGGAUGCAGCGUACCCGCCCCGACAACCGUCCCAGCUCCAGGGUCGGGCCAGGCUCUCCCCGGUACAGUCGUCCCUACCAGCGUGAACUACCACUUCACUCGGCAGUGUAACUACAGGUGCGGGUUCUGCUUCCACACGGCCAAGACGUCUUUCGUCUUGCCUCUUGAGACCGCCAAGAAAGGGCUGACUCUUCUCGCCGAAGCUGGUAUGGAGAAGGUGAACUUUUCUGGCGGGGAGCCGUUUAUCAAGGACCGUGGCCGGUACGUGGGGCAGCUGGUCAGGUUCUGUAAGGAGGAGUUGGGACUGCCCAGCGUCAGUAUAGUCAGCAACGGCAGUCUCAUCACCGAGGACUGGUUCAACAAGUACGGUGAAUGGCUGGACAUCCUCGCCAUCUCCUGCGACAGUUUUGACGAGGAGACGAACCGCCGCAUCGGGCGUCACCAGACGGGGAAGGACCACCUGCGCUGUCUGCGGCAGGUGCGGGCGUGGUGCCAGCAGUACAGGGUCGCCUUCAAGAUAAACUCGGUAGUGAACAGGUACAACGUCGAUGAGGACAUGAGCAGUGACAUCAUGGAACUGAACCCCAUCAGGUGGAAGGUGUUCCAGUGCCUGUUGAUCGGUGGUGAGAACGCAGGUCCGGAGGCCUUACGUAACGCGGAGGACAUGGUCAUCACGGACCGGGAGUUCGACCAGUUCGUCAGGCGGCAUGAACAUGUGACGUGUCUCGUGCCAGAAUCCAACGAAAAGAUGAAAGACUCUUACCUCAUUCUUGAUGAAUACAUGCGGUUCCUGGACUGUCGUGAAGGACGGAAGGAACCAUCUCGGUCCCUGCUGGACGUGGGGGUGGAAGGUGCCAUCCAGUUCAGCGGCUUCGACGAGAAGAUGUUUUUCAAGCGUGGAGGGAAGUACACGUGGAGCAAGGCUGACUUAAAGUUGGACUGGUAAACAGGGAAAUUCUGCUGUUUCCUGGUCAUGCCCGUUACAACGUUAUUGUUCGCACGUUAAAAAAAGUUGAAAGUUAUCGGACCGUUUCAAUUGCUCGAUUUGGUGGUGUACGAGCAAUUCUUCAGCAGAACCUUUUAUCUUUCUUGAACUUGACUUAAUUAUCGGACAACAACGACGAGAACAAGAUCACAGCCGAUGUUAAUUCUAUUCUCGUGUGUUACGUUUUGUUUGAACUACAUAUUCAUAUACAUAGGAAUCAACUGGAAAGAAAUAUGCAUGUAUAGGAAGAGCAGACCACUAAAUCUGGACCAAUAGACCGAAUUAGACUCAACAAAAUAGGGCACAUUUUUCGUCAGGUCAAAACUGAUCCGUCAAGGGCGCCGAGACGCCUAUCAAAUACUCCACAUCGGGAUACUCAUGUCGUCAGAACCCCCUGGUAUGUACCCCUCAUUCCGGUCACAGAUGUACAGUGACAGGUGCAUCGACGAAAAACUCACAAAUUGGCAGCUUUUUUGUAACUCAGGUUUUAUAUAUGUGAGUCUAGUGAGUCUGUGACAUAUUGUGCCAUGUGCCAACGGCAGAUAAACGUUGAUUUACAUCAUCACCUUUGCCACUCCAAGAAGAAUAGUGUGAAAUGUAUGUAACACUAAUGGAGUUCCCAACAAAACAAACACUUCUACAUAUCAACUGUCUGUAAUGUAAUAGUGAGUGUGAGUUGAAUGUAUUAACAGUUUGUUAGCAGUUUUAUUCAGAAAAGUAGUCUUAUGACUGUAAUAUGUAGUGUGAUUGGAAAUUGAUUCAUCGUUUUCACACUUUACAAUGCGAUGUUUACUGUUUUCAGGUAUGAUAUGUUUGUUUGAGAUUACUCAGUGUAUAGAUUUUAUUACUGUAAAUUUGUGAUUUGAUAUAAAUAAUUUUUCAUUCCUUCUACUUGAUCGUGAUUACCAUUGUUCUAUGCGCUGAUAGAUUUCUAUUUUGUACAAAUUAUU